AUGAUCGGCCGAUCAGCUCUCGCGAGGGGGAGCAAGCUUGCCCUUCGCCAGCAAGGCUGUGUCCAGCUUGCACAGCGACGCGGCCUAGCUGCUGCUGCGACAAGCUCUUCAUCAUACGAGGCCACUGACAUUGCCGGCAUCAAGGUCGCCACGAGAGAUCCCCAUGGCCCAACAACCAAGCUCGCCGUCAUCGCCAAGGCUGGUACCAGAUAUCAGCCGCUUCCUGGUCUGACCGUUGGAUUGGAGGAGUUUGCCUUCAAGAACACCCAAAAACGGUCCGCCCUGAGAAUCACACGAGAGUCCGAGCUUCUAGGAGGUCAAUUGAAUGCGUACCACACGCGAGAGGCCCUCGUACUCGAGGCUAGCUUCCUCGAUGAGGACUUCCCGUACUUUGCCGAGCUUCUGGGAGAGGUCGUCUCUCAGACCAAGUACACAACCUACGAAUUCCACGAGGAGGUCGAGAGAGUUCUGCACCUGAAGCAGGCCAAGCUUGCGAGCGAUGCUGUUGCUCUGGCCCUUGAUUCCGCCCAUGCGACUGCCUUCCAUUCUGGCCUCGGAUCAUCCAUCUACCCCAUCACCUCGACUCCUCUAGGGGCCUACUUGAACGAGCACUCGGUCGCUGCGUUUGCAGGAGCUGCCUACACGAAGCCGAACAUUGCGGUUGUGGCAGAUGGUGUCAGCCAGUCUACGGCAGCAAAGUGGAUCGAGCCUUUCUUUAAGGGUGUUCCUUCAUCCUCUUCAAGCCAGCUUCAGCUGCAUACUGCGGCCACCAAAUACUAUGGUGGUGAGCAGCGCACACCUCAGUCUGGAAGCAAGAGCGCGUUGGUGAUUGCUUUCCCUGGUUACACGCUUGCAUCCGACAAGCCUGAAGCUGCAGUCCUCAACGCUCUUCUAGGUGGCCAAUCCACCAUCAAGUGGUCGCCAGGCUUCACCUUGCUUUCCAAGGCUGCUGCAGCUGCACCGGGCGCCUCAAUCUCCAGCAGCAAUUUCGGCUACACUGAUGCCGGUCUGCUUGCUAUCCAGAUCAGCGGCCCUGCUGCUCAGGUCCGAACAGCCGCAGAAGAGGCAGUUAAGGCGCUCAAGAGCGUCGCUGAAAGCCCGGUCAGCAAGGAAGAUCUUACUAAGGCUAUUGCCAAGGCCAAGUUUGACCUGCUCUCCGCCAACGAGCUUAGCGGCACUGGGUUGGUUGCUGCUGGAACUCGCAUCAUCCAUGGAAACAACACAUUCCAGGUCGCGAAUGCUCUGAAGAGCUACGAGUCCGUGACCGCUGAGAAGCUGAAGGCUGCGGCAAAGGGACUUCUGGAGGGCAAGGCAACCGUAGCAGCUGUAGGCGAUCUUUUUGUGCUUCCAUAUGCCGAGGAUCUCGGACUCAAGGUAUAG